AUAUUUUUCCCAGAUUGGUGCUCUGGUCCCGAUUCGAAGUGCCAUCCCGACACCCGUUUGCCCUCUCUCUCGCUCGACAAUACUAAAGAAACGACUUCGCACAAUUCCUUUUUCCCCUAGCUGGAAAAUCGCGAAUAAUUGAAACGAGGUCUGCCAAAAUGAGCUCUUGGACGUCAAAGGAGAAUAUUAACGGGGUGUAUAUCCCGUCCGCCCUACUGAUCUUCGGUACCACAAUCAUCAAGAAGGAAUGGAUUGCGUAUGCGACAGCUCUUGCUGUUGUCCUUUCAGCGUGGAAAUUAUUCAGUAACAAGCCGCGAAAAGUUUUAAAUCCCACGGAGUUCCAAAACUUUGUCCUCAAAGACAAGACUAUUGUCUCCCACAAUGUCUGUAUCUACCGCUUCGCUCUCCCAAGACCAACCGACAUCCUCGGCCUUCCCAUCGGCCAGCACAUUUCUCUUGCUGCCACAAUCCCUGGUCAGUCGAAGGAGAUCGUGCGCUCCUACACUCCCAUCUCCUCUGAUGACGAUGCGGGCUACUUCGAUCUUCUCGUCAAGUCAUACCCACAAGGAAAUAUCUCCAAACAUUUGACUACCCUCCGCAUUGGCGAUAAAAUGAAGGUUCGUGGACCAAAGGGUGCCAUGGUCUAUACUCCAAAUAUGGUCCGUCAUAUCGGUAUGAUUGCUGGUGGUACCGGUAUCACUCCCAUGCUCCAGGUCAUCAAGGCUAUUAUCAAGGGAAGGCCCCGAAAUGGGGGCAACGAUACUACUCAGAUCGACCUUAUCUUCGCCAACGUGAACCCAGAUGACAUUCUUCUCAAGGAGGAAUUGGAUCAGCUUGCCAAGGAAGACGACGCUUUCCGCAUUUACUACGUCCUUAACAACCCACCAGAGAAAUGGAACGGUGGUGUUGGCUUCGUUACUCCAGAUAUGAUCAAGGCUAAACUCCCUGCUCCGGCCGGUGAUAUCAAGGUUCUCAUUUGCGGACCUCCCCCCAUGGUCAGCGCCAUGAAGAAGGCCACCGAGUCCCUCGGAUACAAGAAGGCCAACCUCGUUAGCAAGCUUGAGGACCAGGUCUUCUGUUUCUAAUAUAUUUCAAACCACUACUAUUAAGUCACGGGUUCGAAUAACAUAGAUUCGGUUAUCUACAUAGAUCCGCUCACAUCAGAAGAGUGAAUAGGGUCGUUUCCGGAGUGCCACAGAGCGCACAGGUAAUGAAUAAUUGCAUCUCGCAAAGCAUUAUUAGCGGGUUGUUUAUGGAGUAUGUGGAUGCAAUGACAGCGUCAGGUGUAUACUAUGUAUUUAGUAUCGAUUUCGGAGUAGAUUUGUUUUCAAUCAAAAGCCUAAACUUCGCCCA